AUGCUCGGUUCCUCCUCCGCCGCCGCGGACCACGCCGGCAACAACUUCUCCUCUGCCAUGCCCACAAAGGGUGGAUCCAAGAAUCCACAAGGACCGCUGCUUCAUCCGUAUGAAGAGGAGCGCCUAAGACAAUGUAUGCAGAACAGUGCAAGGUUGCAGAAACUUGGAAUUCCUGGUUGUACUGCUUGUUUUGCAAGGGCAUCUGCAACUUAUAAAGACAAGAGCAAGAAACAUCAGAGAAGUAGAGAAGAUUCUGAAUCCGACUAUGAGCCUUCACAAGAAGAUAGUGCUGAACAAGAUUUGGUUGAUGAUGACAUUUCUAAGGCUCUAAGAGGAACAUCGGCAGAAAAACUAAGUGGCAACCAUGUCCCACCUCCAUCACACCCUGAUGUGAGCCAACAAGUUGAUCGACCAGCUGGAACAGAUGAGGCAACUAAUGUCGUACCACAAGCUGAUGGUCACAACAAUCUGGGCACCGAAGAUUGUAAUGAUGAGCUUCAUGAGAACACCAUGGUAGCUGAUGCAAAUACCCAACCAGCUUGCAACACCCUGAUGACUAAUGAAGGAGAGGAUAGAUGGAACCGAGGAGUUAAUAUGGGGCAUGGUUUGCAAAGGAUGAACCGGUCUUGUCGUGGCAAGCUACCAAUUAUCAUACCUGAAGGGUAUAUCAGGCCUGUAGUACCUGAUAUUGCUUCAAAGUAUGCAACUUUAUGCAACAUCGCUGUUAGGAACCAUGUGCCUGUGCUCAAGCACUGGAAGGAAUACAAGAAACACCCGGCUCUGAUUGACCUUUUUCUGGGAAUACUAUGUGCAAAGUUCGAUAUUGACACAAAUGAUGCUAUAGUUAGAAAUGGUUGCAUUGAAAUGAUGAAGUCUGCAGUUCGCCAACAACGACAUAGGCUGAAGAAAGACCAUUUUGAUCCUUUUCCACUGCAUUUGGUUUCGAAAACUUCUCCUAUCAAAUCAACAAGUAAUGAACAGUGGAUGGACCUUGUAAAAUCAUGGAAGAGUCCCAACAAAAUGGAGGCAUGUCAAAAGAAUAAAGAUAGUCGAGGCAACGUCAAGUUCCAUCUAACAACUGGCUCUCGUAGCUACCCGGUUUUUGUAGAAAACUUGACUAAAAUAGAAAACCAGCUGGCAGAAGAACCACCAGAAGGUGAAGAACCCAAGUCAAAGGCUGAGGUUGUAGCUGAUGUGCUUGAGCGCAACAGCAAGAACAAUUAG